GUGUUUUAUAAAAUCUGUCUUGUAAGUUCGCGCACUGCAUGAAAUAUGUGUUGUGCUAAAUGCUUACAAUUUCCAAGCAUCAGUGACACAGCGUAAAAAGUAUUUUGAUUUCAACGAGAUGUUAAAUACACAUCGUUCACGUGUAUUGAAAGGAAACAAUAUGUCUGGCCCAAGUCUUGCCCUCGCCUCGUUGACAGCCACUUACACUGAUUCAGAGGCAGAAGAUGAAGCAGGCGAGGAAGAAAAUUCCCCAGGUGCUAGUAGUGUGAACUCUGUUGUAUCCAACACAGCCACUCCUCCAGCCACAGCAGCUAUUACAACAACAACAACAACCCAAGUUUCUAUUGUGAGCAGCAAAGUUGCCCGCCUUGUGUCGUACCACGAUGAAACUGUGGUAUCAGACGACGACGAGGAAGGCGGUCAGCGCGUGUCAGUGGGCAGUGAGGAGCCUGAAGAUGGAGGCGAGACUCCUGCUGCAAACCCAGCAGAUGUGAAUGAUGUUAUAUUGUUUUCUGAACCAAAGGGUCGUUGUUCAAAUGAAUUGCAAGAAAAAAUUAGUAGACUGCAUGAAAAGAUGAUGUCUUCUGGUUUGGACAUGAAUCAUGUGAUACAACAGCGGAAGGACUUUCGGAACCCAAGUAUUUAUGAGAAGCUGAUUCAGUUCUGCAGUAUCAAUGAACUCGGCACAAACUAUCCCGCACAUGCGUACGAUCCAUUGCGCUGGGGAAAAGAAUCAUUUUACGAGGAACUGGCACGUGUUCAGAAGGCAGAAAUGGAGCGUCGAGAAAAGGAGAGGCGUGAGAAGACUCGUGUUGAAUUUGUUUCUGGGACAGCCAAACGUCCUGCUGGAGGUGCAGGGUCAGGGGAGGAGGAUAAAAUGCGUCGGAAAUCAAAAUGGGACCAAGUGGGUACAUUAUUGGCAUCCAAUACGACAGCUGCUGGUGCACAAGCUGGCAUUCUAAAGCCGGGUCUUGUUCAGCAGCCUGCACUAACUACUUCAGCAACUGGUACCAAAGGGACUGUAAUUUCAGCAUUUGGAUCUCUGCCUAAGAAACCACGAAUAUAACUGUUAAUUUGUACAUAACUAUAAAUUUAUUAAACUUUUCAUUAGAUUGAUGCCAUAUA